GUUCAAGCAGCCUUGUACACCCUGUACAACCUGUCAGAGCAGCCAAGUCAACCCAAGAACCAACAGGGUAAGACAGCCUCCUAGGUCUGAUACUCACUCUGGAAAACACAUGGUGACAGUCCUAUAGGUCUCAGAGAGGCAGUUGAGGAUGCCCCUACCUCCAAUCCUGCAAAGAAGAUGCAGCCAAAGAAAGCCUAUUGUGCCUACUGUCAGAGUGGUGAACACAACCUUAGUGAAGUUAACAAGCGGUGCUGACGCUGUGCAGGAAAACACCGAGCAGCUCAGUGCACACUGAAGAAACCCUGACGCAUUUGCCAAGGGAAACACCUGAAACCCUAGAGGCCCUAGAGAAACAAGAAGGAUGCUGCAAGGAAAGAAAAGAGCUGUCUGACUAGCUCAGCCUCUGAAUCCCUCUACCUCGAACGACCCGGAGCCAGCAAUCAGGUCAUGUUAAAGGUCGUCCCGGUGCUUCUACAUCAGGAAGGGUAUAGUCUCAGCACCUUUGCUCUGCUAGAUGAUGGCUCAGAGCGGUCCAUGCUGUUACCAGCUGCAGCCAAAUCACUGGGAAUGAAGGGGCCCCUGAAGAUCUUCCUCUGCGGACGGUCCGACAGGACAUCCAGGUGCUCCAUGGACAUAAGAUAUCCUUCCAUGUUUCUCCAGCUGCCAACCCAAAGGUCUGCUUUAAGAUCGACGGUGCCUUCACAACAAUCCAACUCAGCCUAGCCCAACAUACUUACCCCAUAAAGCAACUUCAGAAAAAGUAUAAACAUCUCUGUGGCCUCCCCAUACCUGCCUUGAAGGACGCCAGACCAUCGCUCCUUCCUGGCUCUGACCAGGCGCAUCUCAUAACACCUGUAGAACUAGUCAGACUUGGCCAACCUGGUGGCCCGGCAGCAGUCCACACCCGGUUGGGAUGGACCCUCCAAGGCCCUGUCCGUUCCAUGGGUGUCUCUUUACUUCCCUCCUUCCACAGAUAGAUGAAUUGUACCGCCAUGUUGAGAGGCUCUGGCAGAUGGACACUGUACCCCACAGACCAAAGAAAGAGGUGACUAGGUCAAAACAAGACUAACAAGCGGUUGCAUCGUUGAAUACCAAGACAGUCCGUACCGAGGUUGAUGGAGUGAGGAGCUACGCUACACCCCUGCUACGUCAUGCGGCCAUUCCUUCAUUGCAGGCACCUAAGGAGUCAGUCAUGGCUCUUCUACGAGGCAAAGAGCGAUGACUCCUGAAAGAUCCUGAGUGAGUAGCGAUCUACUGAGCAGAAAUACAGAAGCUCAUUGAAACAGGUGCUGUUCAGGAGGUAACCCAAGAGGAACCACCUGACAAGUGUUGGUACAUUCCCCAUCACCUAGUCACUCACAAUGGGAAGCAUUGGCUUGUCUUUAACUGCUCUCACCAAUACCUUGGGCAGACUCUGAACCAGUACUUACUGCCUGGCCCCACCCUUGGAGCUUCUUUGGUGGACGUCUUACUGAGGUUCCGGGCGCACCCCAUCGCAGUAAGUGAAGACAUCAAAGGGAUGUUUCACCAAGUCUGUCUUCUUCCUAAGGAUCGCCCCCUACUGAGAUUCCUUUGGCGUGACUUGAAAGUUGAUGAGCCCCCAAGAGUAUUCGAGUGGAAAGUCCUGCCCUACGGCACAACUUGUCGCCCCUGUUGUGCUACAUAUGCACUGCAGCGCCAUGCUACUGAUCACUGCCAGCCUGCAGACAUGGUGAGGUUCUCUGUCAACAAUCGCUUCUACAUCGACAACUCCAGAAGAAGCCAAGAGAUCUUCUGUCUUCAGCAGGCUUUGAUAUCUGACAGUGGGCCUGCAAUGAGCCAAGUGUCCUGGAUGACCUGCCACAAGAGGCCCGGUCGCAGAGCCUAGAUCUGUGGUUGGCACAAGACAAAACCAAUCCUCAAGAAUCCACCCUGGGCCUCAGCUGGAACCGGGAGAGAGACUCCCUGAGUUACAAGCACCAGCCGGUAUUCUAUGAUGCGCCGACCCUAAGGAACAUCUGUAAGGUCCUAGCUUCACAGUACAACCCCUUAGGUUACGUCCUACCUUACUCCACUGGGGCAAAGCUUAUCAUCCGGCAAUUGUAGGAUAAGCAGCGAGGCUGGGAUGACCCAAACUUACCUGCAGCUCUGCUUCAAGCCUGGUCCAGCUGGGAAGAUGAGCUCCAGUUCUUAUCUCUACUUACCUUUCCUCGAGCAUAUGUGCCCACAGACUCUGACCAUGAUGCUGUCACUUGUGAAGUGCACAUCUUCACCUGAGCUGUAGCUUACCAGAGGACAGUGACCAAAGAGGGUCGGAUUUACCUCUCUUUCAUCCUUGCUUGUUCCAAAGUAUCCCCCAAAUGUGCAGAUUCCAUCCCAUGGCUUAAACUGUGCUUCACCCUAGUAGCAGCACAACUUGCCAGUCUCCUCACCAAGGAGCUCACAUUGGAAGUGGCUCACACCACCCUGUGGUCUGAUUCUACCACAGUACUUACCUGGCUCCAUUCCCAGUCCUGCCGCUUCAAGGUGAUCGUCGGGGGAAGAGUGGCCGAGAUACAGGGGCUGACAGAAGGUUGCACCUGGCGCUAUGUAGACUCAGACCAAAAUCCUGCAGAUGAUCUAACAAGAGGUAAAACCAUAGACUGUAUAUACUAUGGACAACUUGGUUCUGCCUACCGCCUGUAUAUGGAUUUGAAGCCAAAAAGCUCUCGGUAUUUCUGGGAUUUUUCUUCAUUUCCUGAAACCAGCGCUGCGCAGUAGCAAUGCACGCAUUCGGCCGCGCAGUCGCAGAGAGUCGCUGUGAUGACACUCGGCUCAAACAGCAUGGUCCCCCGGGAGAGCUACGCAAUCCCUGAAUGCCCAUAGGCUGUAUCAGGUGUCAAUCAUAGCCAACAUGAACCCCCAAUAACAUUUAAAAACGGAGCUUCACAGAAAAAAGAGGACUUGAGCACAAACCAGUCUUACAAUAACUGUAUGUCAACAUCACAAGCAGGGGGGAGAAAAAAUUAUGUUCUGUGUAAUAAAUUUCUAAAGUUUGUCCACAGCUCCAUAAGCUUUGCUGGUGGAGGCGGGAUUUAUGACCUAUACUGCAGCCCAUCAACAUAGGGUGCUGUUCUCGGAGUGGCUUCACCCAGCGAUGAGGCAGACUCUGUCCAUUCUAUAUACAGUCUAUGGGUAAAACUUAGAGCUUAGGGUUCCAAACAGAUGGUCCCAGGGACCCCCCUUCCUGCUGCAGAGGCCAAACAGCUGGCCAGAGAGGCCCAACACUGAACCCCCAGAGGAUAAUGCAGAACUACGAAAGACUGCCUUCUGUGGAGCUACAGUCACCUCACUUGCUGACUGUGGGCCAGAUGAUAAAAGAUAUAGUCCUGGCAAGAACUACUGGAGGACACUGUCCAAGAGCUUCAGAGAGAGACCCCCUCUAGAACCCCACCCACACCUGAGGAUUAUCAGUGUGCAGAAACCAAAAUCCUGCUGAGAUCUUAGAAGCAAUCCUUUCCAGAAGACUACAAGCUCCUGGCUGGAGGGAAACCAAUGUCACCUUCAAGUCGCCUACUCACCUUAGCACCAGUCCUCGACUCAACCUCUGGCCUAAUUAGAGUGGGUGGUUGGCUCAGACGGUUGGAGGAUGUUGAUGUCCCCCUACAUCCUAUUGUCCUUGAUGCCAUUCAUCC